CGGCGACCGGGGACGGGUGCCCUCCCCGCGGAGGCGGGAGGGAGGGGAGCGCUGCCGGCCCCGGUGGUGCGGACACCGGCACUGGUAGCGGGAGCGGAGCUGGAGCCCGAGCCCGGCGGAGGGAUGGGGCAGCGGCGGGGCCCGGCCGUGCUGCUCCUCGCCCUGGGGCACCUGGCCGGGCUGCUGGCAGCGGGACCCGCCUGUGCCGACGCUUACCGGGGCCUCUCGGACUGCGUCCUCAAGCUGGGGGACAGCAUGGCCACGUACGAGGAGGAGGAGGGCAUCGAGCUGCAGGGGCUGCGCCGAGUCUGCAGGUAUUGGGAUGAAUUCCACACCUGUGCCCUGACGGUGCUCUGGGAGUGCCAGAAGGAAGCAGCAGCCGUCUGGGAGAUGCUGAGAAGGGAGUCACGAAAAACCAAAUUUCAAGGCAGCUUGUUCAACCUCUGCAGCCCCAGCAUGGCCCAAAGCUCUGCCUGGAUCCGCGUUCCCAACAUUUCCAUCCUCAGCAUUCCCCUCAUCGUCACUUGGCUGAACUUAUAAACUCUGUGAGUAUCCCAAA